GGAGGAAGAAAAGGGUCCAGUGUGCGGUGUCUUUUUAACCUUGCUGAAGGACGCAGCAGUAUUUAUUGACGUAUGCAAAUAACUGGGGGAGGGUGGUGCUUGGGAAAAAAACAGGAACCAGAAUCAGUUUCUCAUUGCAGGGUGAAUGCUCUGAGUUCCGGUGAAGGGAAAAGAGACGUGGCGAAAUUGCUGUCUUUCUGUCUUAAAAGCACAUCUCUCACUAAUACAGAAAAGGAACCAAGACACCAGAAAGGCUGCGCAAACCAUGCAGGAUGAUUUACUGAUGGACAAAAGCAAAACCCAGCCCCAGCCCCAGCAGCAGCGGCAGCAGCAGCAGCAGCAGCAGCAGCAGCAGCCCCAGCAGCAGCAGCAGCAGCAGCAGCCCCAGCAGCAGCAGCAGCAGCCCCAGCCCGAGCCCAGCGCAGCCGAAGCCCCGUCCACCACCCUCUCCUCUGAGACCCCCAAGCCGGAGGACAGCAGCGCAGUGCCGGCGCUCAGCCCCGCCGCGGCCCCGUCGGCCUCCAACGGCCCGGACAAGAUGCAGAUGGAAUCGCCGCUUCUGCCGGGCUUGAGUUUCCACCAGCCCCCUCAGCAGCCGCCGCCACCGCAGGAGCCCGCGGCGCCGGGCGCGUCGCUGUCGCCAUCCUUUGGAAGCACCUGGUCCACGGGCACCACCAACGCGGUGGAGGACAGCUUCUUCCAGGGGAUCACCCCCGUCAACGGGACCAUGCUCUUCCAGAACUUCCCGCACCACGUCAACCCCGUCUUCGGAGGCACCUUCUCCCCGCAGAUCGGCCUGGCGCAGACCCAGCACCACCAGCAGCCGCCGCCGCCCGCGCCCCAGUCCGCGCAGCCCGCGCAGCCCCCGCAGGCGCAGCCCCCGCAGCAGCGCCGGUCGCCCGCCAGCCCUAGCCAGGCGCCCUACGCGCAGAGGAGCGCCGCGGCGGCGUACGGCCACCAACCUAUCAUGACCAGCAAGCCGUCCUCGUCCUCGGCCGUCGCUGCGGCCGCUGCCGCCGCCGCCGCCGCUUCGUCGGCCUCGUCCAGCUGGAACACGCACCAGAGCGUGAACGCCGCCUGGAGCGCCCCGUCCAACCCGUGGGGCGGCCUGCAGGCGGGCCGGGACCCCCGCCGGGCGGUGGGUGUGGGCGUGGGCGUGGGCGUCGGGGUGCCGUCGCCGCUCAACCCCAUCUCGCCGCUCAAGAAGCCCUUCUCCAGCAACGUGAUCGCGCCCCCCAAGUUCCCGCGUGCGGCCCCGCUCACCUCCAAGUCCUGGAUGGAGGAUAACGCUUUCCGGACCGAUAACGGUAACAAUCUGUUGCCAUUUCAGGACCGGAGUAGGCCCUAUGACACUUUUAACUUGCACUCGUUGGAGAACUCCUUAAUGGAUAUGAUAAGGACUGAUCAUGAGCCUCUGAAAGGUAAACACUACCCUCCCAGUGGCCCACCAAUGAGUUUCGCUGAUAUAAUGUGGAGGAAUCAUUUUGCAGGACGUAUGGGAAUAAAUUUCCAUCAUCCAGGAACAGAUAACAUUAUGGCACUUAACACCAGGAGCUAUGGGCGAAGACGAGGUCGGUCUUCUCUCUUUCCCUUUGAAGAUGCCUUCCUGGACGACAGUCAUGGGGAUCAAUCCUUGUCAUCUGGCCUAAGUUCUCCCACUCGCUGUCAAAAUGGAGAACGAGUUGAACGCUACUCUAGAAAGGUGUUUGUUGGGGGCCUUCCUCCUGAUAUCGAUGAAGAUGAGAUCACUGCCAGCUUCCGCAGGUUUGGACCUCUUGUCGUAGAUUGGCCUCACAAAGCUGAAAGCAAGUCAUAUUUUCCUCCUAAAGGCUACGCCUUUCUGCUGUUCCAGGAGGAGAGCUCGGUCCAAGCUUUGAUAGACGCCUGCUUAGAAGAAGAUGGGAAGCUGUACCUGUGCGUGUCCAGCCCCACCAUCAAGGACAAACCGGUGCAAAUUCGACCAUGGAACCUAAGUGACAGUGACUUUGUAAUGGAUGGUUCUCAGCCUUUGGACCCCAGAAAAACUAUCUUUGUUGGGGGAGUUCCACGACCCCUCCGAGCUGUUGAACUGGCAAUGAUCAUGGACCGUUUGUAUGGUGGCGUCUGCUAUGCUGGUAUUGAUACGGACCCAGAGCUGAAGUACCCCAAAGGUGCCGGCCGUGUGGCAUUCUCCAAUCAGCAGAGUUACAUCGCAGCCAUCAGUGCUCGAUUUGUGCAGCUCCAACACAAUGACAUUGACAAACGGGUGGAAGUGAAGCCAUAUGUGCUGGAUGAUCAGAUGUGUGAUGAGUGCCAGGGCACGCGCUGUGGUGGGAAGUUUGCCCCAUUCUUCUGUGCCAACGUCACCUGUCUGCAGUAUUACUGCGAAUACUGCUGGGCGAGCAUACAUUCCCGCGCCGGGCGGGAGUUCCACAAACCGCUGGUGAAGGAGGGAGGCGACCGCCCUCGCCACGUCCCGUUCCGCUGGAGCUGAGCCCAGGGCAGACCCAGCCACAAGUACUGGAAUAGAUAACAGAGAGGGAAAAGAGUGGGCACUGCCUCAGGGCUUACAGUGUUCUGGAAAUCUGUGCAUUUGUUCUCGAUUUUUAAAGAAGAAAUGGGUCUUUUUAUUAUUAUUAUUAUUUUUAUUAUUAUUCUUUACAGUCAUAUUACUGAACUCAGUGUCCAGUAUAAUGCAGAAUUGCAGAGUGUAUAACGGUACUGAUUUGCACUUUGAUUCACACCUUUAUCUGCUUGGUACCUUAAUUUCUUCCACCUGAUUUGUCACUCGACAGUAUGUAGACUACCAUUCUCAUCAGCAGCCAUCAGGUUGAUGUCUGUGAUAUUUUUUGUUGUUGUUGUGUUGUUUUUAUGAUUGUUUUUGAACUGGAGCAUGCACUUAUUUUCAGAAACUUAGAGAGCUGCCCCUAGGAGAAGACUUACCAAAGGUAAUGCUGAGUAGCUGGCACACGUAGCAAAAACUUCACAACAAUUCAGCAGUCAUUAGUAGGGGUCAUUAGAGUAAGGAUAACCCUUAAUGAAAAUAAGCCUUUAGUUGCUCUCUGUUUUGACAUGUAAGGAUACCUCAUAAGCUAAAUCUUUUUUUUUUUUCCUUCAUGUUUGAUUUUUGUUUUGCUGAGGAUUUUGGUUAGAUCUUUUAGUGUUAUGUAAAUUUAUGCUGCAAUAGCUUUUGCUGCUAUUAAAAUGGUAUUAAUAAUACCAUAAUACUCUAUUCAGGCUAAGGUAUCAAUUAAAAAAAAAAAAACCCAACAACACACUUUUGUGAUUUAGAAUCAGCUGCCGACAGGAGAUCAGAAUAGACCAGAAAGCCUCAAUGGAAGGUCACGAUUUCUGACUGCAUGUUUACUUAAUCAGGUUGCUGCAUGCAAUAAAUUUUAUAUCCAAUGUCUAGUAUAACACCUUCCCACAAUGCACAAAUUAAGAAUCUAUAUAAGCUAUAAAAUACUGAUUUUUUUAAAGGAUUUUUUUCAUUCAAAGAAUCGGUAAUGGACUGGAGGAAGGCAUGCCUCAGUGAACGGAAUGCUUCUGAGAUGAGGACGAGCCCCUACAGAAUGCCCCAUAUUACAACCAAUAGAAAACCUAGGUGUAGGAUAUUCUUAAAGCAAAUUUGUGGAUGGUAGAUGAAGUACUUUGCGGUGCUCUGUUAUAUAUUGUGCAAUUUAUUUUAUAUAGUAAAGUGAUUAUGUCUAACUGUGAUCAAACUUAACUGUUUAAAGCCUCUGUGUCAGACAUUAACAAACUUGACGGUUCCUAACUGGUAUAUUAUUAACUAACACAUGAGCUCUUAGUUACAAUCUCCUAGUGCUUGCACCAUUUUACAUAGCUUCAUACCUUGUCCAAAAAAACCAAAGAGCUCAUCUUAGCUUACAAACACUAGGAAUAUAUACAGUAUAUAGAGAUAAGUUGUCAGAUUGACAAACUAGGCACAUUUUAAGGAAGUUUUGUGAUGGUAAUGCUAAAGAAAUGUCUGUACAAACUAGGAUGGCCUGGACAGGGCUGGUUGUCUGUGUGAGAAAUUAACUACUUAAUUCCCUGGACUUAUCCUGUAAAGCUUGAAUAGAAUUAAGACCUGCUAGUACUACCAUGGACAUUUUUUUAGCAUUCACUUUUGGGCCACAGAUAGUAAUAUAUAUAAACACACACGAUGAUUGUGAAAUUAUGUAAAUUUUUUUUUUUAAUCUUCCUAUGUUUUGGAAUUCGGGGACAAUCUGACUGGAUAUGACACUGCAGAAUAGUUUUAAGUUGCUAUGUUUUAUGUGCUGUGAUGUCCUGGUACUGUCUUAAGUUAAUAUUGCUUGUUUUUUGUUUUGUCGUUUUGUUUCUUCAGUGUUCAGUUGCAAUUACCAGCUCUCAAAUUAUAGUUUGUUUUCAAAAAGGAAAAACAAAAUAAUAGAUAAUAGUUUUUUACAGAAUUAAAAAAAAAUGCGUAUUAGAAUUCUCCCCUUUUGCGGUUACCUCUGGGCUUUUUGGUAAUGAUUGCUUUUUUCCAGCCCAGCUGUGGUUUUCUGUUUGUUUGUUUUCUAUGUUUGUGGUUUUUUUUUUCAUCUGUACAAGAAAUUUUGUUAUGCACUACUACUUUUUGUAUUCUAGACAGUUUUCAAAAGUUGGCUGAAGAUCUGUUUGUUUUAAGGAAAAAGGCAUGCUUUCUGACCGACAUGAUCUUUUGCAAUACCUCAAUUUUGAAAUAUAGGAAAGAAAAUGAUAUUUUCUAAGUAAGUUUAUUCAGAAAAAUAUAUAUUAAUUUAAUUCUGCAAGAAAAAUGAUUUAACAGAUGGGUAACUUUAUUUUUUUCAUGCUUAUUUGUGUUUUUUGAAAAUGAAGAAGUUAGAGCUUUAUAACUAUAAUAUUAAAGAUCAUAUCUAACUACAGAAAUCUACCUAAUUAUGUGAAAGAAGCAAAACUUUUUGAAGAAGCACCCCUCCUUUCAUGUACUAAAAUAACACUGAGAUUUAAAAGAAAAAAGAAAGUUGGAAGAUUGUACAGCAAAAGGUGAAAGUGAAGGCAAGAAAAACCUUGUCAUAAAGAAUAGGCUACAAAUAAUAAACUCCAUUUGGUGCUGAAAGUUGUGAAUAGAUGGUGGAAACUACUUUCCCUUAAUUUGUAUAUUUAUAAUCCAGCGUUGAUUGUGCUCGACUGACCAGGAUUGUGAAAGAGUUCUUCUGUUUGUAUUUUUUUAAAGAAAACUUUUUUAGUUUAUUAAAUUAUAACAUGUUCCCUUUUGUUUUGUAAAUAAAUGUGCCCCAAGUUGUUAAUGUUAUAGUAAAAGAGAGGGUCCUUCAAAAGAAAAUUAUUUUUUAAAACAGAGGUGUUCUGACCUGCAACUUGACUGGGAAGGGCCUGGCUGUCACAGGCCCUGUGACUGGGCCCUUUCCUCGAUGUGACACUUGAACUAGUCGAUUUUUUGAAGGCUAAAACCUAACCUCGACUAUUUGUUGUUAUGUGCAAUACUGUUUGUACUGUUUGUAUAAAAAAUAGAAAAAAAAAGAAAAGAAAAAAGGCAUAAAUCUUUAUUGCAGAUUUAUUUUCAUUGCAGACUUUAGACAUUGUGAUUCACUGAAAUCAUUUUUCUACUGUCAAAUAUGUACCUUUUCUUCAUGCUGGUAUUUUUUCAAUAGUAAUGUAGCCUUUGUACUGAGACAAAUUUUCAUUGUUAUUUUUAGAAAGAUUUUUUGCUAAGAAAAAAAUUAAACAUAUUUACAUAUUUUUCAUUUUAUUUCGUAUUUUCUUUAAGGAGUGCUUUCUCAAUCAUUAAUAGAGUUGUUUCUGGGAGGGACUUUCAUAUCUGGUCAAUGUCAUAAUAUUAUUUUGUAUUUUUACUUGGAAUAAAUUAAUUUUAUGAUGCUAAUUCUUUAAAAGUUUAUUUUUUUCAUUUUCAGUUAUUUUUUGAAGCUAAAACCUUUGUAAUAUUGUUACUAAAGUGUCUAGUUUUUUGAAAUGCAAAGCUUUAUGUAUUAACUUGCUGAUGUGGUUUACAAUAGUGUGACAACGAUGAAAAUGGUUGGUUCUGUAAAGUGACUGGAAAAUGUAACGAAUAAUUGGGUAAUAAAAUGACAGAAUGAGCAGAA